AUGUUCACUAAGUUAAAUUAGUUUUAAAUUUUAUAUAAUUUAAUAAAAUGGGGAUAUUUUGGCCAAAAUAAUCAGAAUAGUAAAAAAUAGAAAGAGAUAAAAAACAAUUAAAUAAACUUGGAGGAUGUUCUAGAAAUAAUAAUUAAUUUAAUUACAUAAUAUCUACUAUACUCUAAAAACAGGAUAAAGCAAGGAAUAUGGAUUGAAGAAAUAUAGCAGACGCAGUUUUAACUUGUUGAAAUAGGAGAAUAUUUUAAUGGUUAAAGAAUAGGAAAGUGGAAAUGUUUUUAGAAUGAUAAAUAAAUGUAAGAAGUAUUCCCAUAAUGAAGAGCCGGUGGAUUCUAUGACGAUGAGGGGAUUAAAAAAGGGAAAUGGAUUGAGUUGUGGAAAUUUUUUAAUAGUUUAAGCUUAAUGAUUUAGAAUGGUGAAUAUAAUAUGAAUGGUUUGAAGAUUGGUAGAUGGGAUAUUAUUUAUAAAAGAUAACAAAGUGAGGUUUAUAAAUAAAUGUAAAUAAUAUAUUAGCACAAAGGAUUCUUUCUAUUUUUAUAAAUAUAAUGGUAGUGGAUUAUAUGAUCAAGAAGGAAUUUA